UGCGCCCCUUUCCUGCCCGCAAAGUACUCGCAGUUAGUUAAUAAUGACACUAGCUGCGCGGUGGUCGACAAAAUUGUAAAUGCACUUUUAUUCAAAGCAGGGAUUUGUCCACUGAGCCGUGAUCGCAAUAAAAAAGGGACAAAUGGGAACGCUUUCAAGCAUACAGGUGAUCACCUAGCAUUCUGAUAAGCAGCGCUUUUUUCAGCCACACGUUUUUGAGGUUUAUUAGGAUUAACUGUCUGAAGACUGUAAUUGUAGCUUCGGCAGUUGAUUCUCGCGGUAGAAUGAACCAGCCUCUCUUACAGUCGUAUUGUCAAGCCGGUUGGUGUAAUUGCAGUAUCUGCAGCACAGUGUUUGGAUUUACAACUGGUUUCACAGGCUCAAAGCCUGGACUACAAAUACUCCCGUACUCGGGAGCAAACUCGGUAAUUUUUUGGAUGGGGAAAGAGGAAAUCCAGAUUUAUGCAAAUAUGUUCGUCAAUUUACUUAUUUCGCAUCGUUAGGUUCCAGUUAUACUUCUGGACUUCUGCAACAUGCGUCUUGCAUUAGCUGCUCUGGGAUACUCAGUUUUUUUUAAAUCUACAUCCUCUUUCCCUUUUCACUCCUCGUCCCACAGUUGAUGUGUUUGCUACCUCGCAUCUGCUGGUUCUAUGUCUCACUCAUCCCCCUCGAAUGCGUGCCACGAGUGUGUGUGUGUGUGUCUCUCUCUCUCCCAGUCCCAAGUGACAGGUGACUGGUGUCACGUGGUGCCAAUGUUUGCCUCCUCUGUCCAUUUCCCCUGUCUCUCCACCAAACUCUCAGUUUCCUCGGGCUCUCAGUCGAGGGACCACUCUGCAGACAUGGCUGUGUCGUGGAAGCUCGCCUAAGACCAGAAACUGACCGUGCGCUCUGCGAUCACACCGUGCAACAGAAUGCAGAUCUUCAUUUACACAACUUUCUGCGGGAUUUUAGCGACCGCAGGAUUUGGCUUUCAAAUCCAAUGUUAUCAAUGUGAAGAAUUCCGACUAAACGACGAUUGCUCAUCUCCGGAGUACAUCGCCAACUGCACAGUCAACGUUCAAGACAUGUGUUUGAAAGAAGUGAUUGUCAAAAGUGACGGAGUUAUGUACCGGAAGUCUUGUGCUGCUUCUACAUCUUGCCUCAUUACGUCUGCAGGUUAUCAGUCAUUCUGUUCCCCUGGAAAGGUGGGAUCUGUGUGCAUCAGCUGUUGUAACACCCCGCUCUGUAAUGGACCCCGCCCCAGGAGGAGAGGAAACUCAUCGAUGUCUCCCAGAGCAAGUUUAAAACUCUUAGCUGCUGUUGGAAUGCUCACUUCAACACUCUUAACAUAA